AUGGCUGGCCGUUUCGUACGCUCCUCCAAAUAUCGGCACGUGUUCGGCCGCCCGACUCGCAAGGAACAAUGCUAUGACAACGUGAGGGUGUCGAAGAAUGCUUGGGAUACAAACUUGAUCAAGGCCAAUCCCGAAUACCUCGCCCUCAAUUGGGAUAGCAGUGGUGGUGGUGCGUUUGCCGUCAUCCCUACGAAAGAGAAAGGUCGCCUACCCGAACGUAUACCGCUCUUCCGUGGACAUACUGCUGUGGUCCUGGACACAGACUGGAACCCUUUCAAUGAUUCGUUGAUCGCGUCCGGGUCGGAUGAUGGCAAGGUUUUCCUGUGGAGAGUUCCGGACGACUUCACACUGCAUCUCGACAUUCCCGCAGAUGAGAUCCAAGAUAUUGCCCCUGUGGGCAAACUAAGUGGUCACCCGAAGAAAGUCGGACACGUGCUCUUCAAUCCCGCCGCUGAGAAUAUCCUGGCAUCAGCAGCUGGAGAUUUCACGAUCAAGAUAUGGGAUAUCGAGUCCGGCUCUUCCAAGCUGUCGCUUAAGGUCGGCGAGGUGAUCCAGUCUUUGUCAUGGAGUGCGAAUGGUUCGCUUUUGGUCACGACAUCUCGAGACAAGAAAUUGAGGAUAUGGGACACAAGACAAGAAAAACCCGUUCACGAAGGCCCAGGCCAUGCAGGCGCCAAAAACAGUCGCGCCGUGUGGAUGGGUGAACACGACCGCAUCGCGACGACCGGCUUUUCCAGAAUGAGUGACCGUCAGCUUGCGCUUUGGGACGUCCGAAACGCACAGGAACCCAUCGAUGGGUUCCAAAUGCUGGACUCGAUAUCAGGCGUAUGCAUGCCCUUCUGGGACGAAGGCACCCAGUGUCUAUUCCUCGCAGGCAGGGGUGACGGCAACAUCCGUUAUUACGAAUAUGAGCAUGACAAGUUCGAAUACCUGUCCGAGUACAAAUCGUCCGAUCCUCAACGGGGAGUGGCCUUCAUUCCCAAAAGGGGAGUUAAUCUGCAUGAGAACGAGGUCGCUCGAGCGUACAAGACGGUGAAUGACAACUACAUUGAGCCUAUUUCCUUUAUUGUGCCUCGGAGAGCAGAGACUUUUCAGGAGGACAUCUAUCCCCCUACUGUUGGUCUGAAGCCAGCCAUGAGCGGCAAAGAAUGGCUUGAUGGUGCAGAGGGACUGCCGCCAAAGAUUUCCAUGGAAAGCUUGUAUGAGGGUACCGGUGUGAAAGAAGUCGCAGCGGAUGAGGCAAAGCCGGCCAAAAAGGCACCCGAACCUGUCAAGGCUGUCGAAUCGAAGAAAGAAGUUCCCGAGCCAACACCAGAACCGAUCCCGGCGACAAUUCGAUCUCCUCCACCAUCCAUGAAGGAACAAGGUGCCACAAUGAUGAGUGCUGCCGACAAAUUCAAAGAUACCGAACUUGCAGAAGGAGGGGACGACGACGAGUCAGAUUUCGAGGAAGUCCAGAAGCCCGUGGAACGGACAAGCGCGACCAAACCGGCGGCCGUCUCAGAGGAGGAAAAGGAGCCAUCUCCUACGCCCGCUGCGACCAAAGUAUGGGAAGACGCCGAGGAACCCGAGCCCGCUCCUAAACACAAGAUGACGGAAUCGGAAAUGCCAGACGAACAGACCGUCGAAGAGGGAGAAGCUUCCAACGUCGCUGCUGAGCCGACCCCUCCGUCGUCAGAUUCCAUGGAGCGUGAAAUGAAGAAUAUGAAGGCCUUAAUUGCCCAGCAGUCACGGCAGCUGAGCAGCCUGACCAAGACGGUAACAGAACUUGUUGCGGAAGUGAAGGCUUUAAAAGGAUCAUAG